AUGUAGAUGUAUAUGCAUGCAUAUAUAUACAUAUGUAUAUGCAUAUGUAUAUAUAUCCCCCAGUUAAAUUACACAGUGGCGUCAUGUAGCAGCAAAACGCUCAAGUUUAUAAGGAAAAUAGUUCCUACUGCCAUCGAUGGCGCCACCAACACAUUUUAAUCAAAUAUUCUUUAUUUUUGAUAAAUACAUAAUUAAUACUAUUCCUUACUUUAUAAUGCUAAAAUAUAAUAGGUCGUUUGUUAAGUUUAUCUUUUUAAUGAAUAGUUAUUUAAUGCAGCAUUAAUUAUUGUCCCUUUAGUUAGUGGCGCCAUCUUAUACGAUCGGUGAGAACUAUGUUCGCUACAAACUUGAACGAUUUGCCACCGAUGGCGCCACUAUGGCGGUUGGAGUUCUGAUCUUAGCUUCCAAAAUUCUACAUAUUCAUUUAAUUUUACAUCGUAAUUAUCAUAAUUCAACAUCAAAUUGUUGAUUUCUGCACUAACAAAUUACUGACAUCAAGUUCUUUAAAUAAAUGAAAAUACUGAAAAAACGUAGCGCCAUCUCUCGGCAAACUUUCUAAGUUUGUCGUGAAAUAGUUCCCACCUCGUGCCGCUAGAUGACGCCAUAAAUGUGAAAUAUUGAUUACUGUUACUGUUUUUAUUUAAAGUACAUGAGCCUUUCUUGCUCAUUUCGUACCACUGUGUGCACAAUUUCUAUUACAAAGGUAUAUAAACUUUACCUUACAUAGUUUCUUACUACUAUUCCUAAUGAAAAUAUUGAAAACAUGAAUUCGAAAAUUCGAUAGAUACUACUGACCUACGAGCACGGAAUGGGUAGACGGGCACUCGUACGAGUGUAUACACAUGUAUAUAAUACUGGUCUAAAUCCACCGAACCAAGUAUAUAUGCAGUGUAUCAAAACAAUAACGCAGUAUAAAUAAAAAUAAUAAAGCAAAGUACUGAACUUAUAUAUAUUAAAUUGUUAUUAGAGGAUAUCUAUAAUCGCUAUACUUAUUUUUAGACGAGUACGGUAGCUCUCUGGUGGGGUAUAUUACUUGUAAAUUAUGUGAUAAAUAUAAUUAAAUUUAUUUUGAAAUAAAUUUUACAUAAAUGUACAUACCAGUAUACACGCUAGUACCUUUAAAGAAGACUUUGCAAGUGUUAUGUAAAUAUGAAUGCUACAGUAAAAUAACAUAACUCGGAAAUAAAAAGGGUUUGACAAAUAAUAUAAAAAGAAUUAUUUAUAAACUCAAUGAAAAUGAAUACAGAUGAUGAUUUCAAUAUAGCAGCUAGAUAUAGAACCAUUCGUAAACAUUUAGAUAGUUUAGGAUACAAGUAUGCACUUUCUUUGGAUACUCUUCCUUUGAUAGAAAAAUUGCUGGCUGAUCUUAUACAAACAACCGAAAGCUUGAAGCAUUUUAAAAGUAUCGCACAAGAAAACAUUGAGGCGCAUUCACAGUUACAAUUGGCAGUUGAUCCUUAUAAAUGUGACAAUGCAAGACUAGUACAAGAAUGCAAUCAGCUUCACUCAGAAUUAAUAAAAGGAAAGGAAUGUCAUCAAAAGCAAAUUAGAGAUUCUAAGAAAGAAAUACAUAAAUUAGAACGCGAAUGUAAUGAUCUUCAAUUGGCAUCUUCGCGCAAUUUACAAAGAAUUAAAGAACUGGAGACUGAAUCUUCUAAGAAGUCGAAAAAAAUUUUGGAACUCCAAGGAAAAUGUUUAAAGCCAACUAUUAACAAUGUGGGAUUAGCUUCUAAAAAACGAUCUUGUUAUCCACUUCGUAAAGCGAUUCUAGAAAGCGAACCAUUACCAAAAACAGGAGCUAAAACGAAUCCAUUGCCAACUCUAAGUACAGCAGAACCAAAAAUUGUUGAUUUACUCAACAUGGCGGAUCAUAAAAUGAAUUGUUUAACUGUGGAGGUAACAAAAUUAAAGGGAGAACUCUCGUUGCAAACUGACAAUGUACAGAUGCUAAAAAGUCAGUUAACUGCCAAGGAAAAAGAAAUUAUACGAUUAAAAAAAAUGUUAGAAGGGGGUAGGCCAUAUUCUGCAGUUUUUAAAGAUUGCGCUUGUAAAAAAGACGAAAAUAAUUUUAUAACAUCCAGUGGUCACGUUAGCGCUAACAAAUUGCAGAUUCUACAACAAGAGAAAUUAGAAUUAGAACAUCGGUUGGAAGAAGCUUUAAACAAACAACACGAUGCUAUGUCUCAAGCGCUUAAACUUGCCGAUCGAAACGAAGAGUUGGAAAAGGAAUUGAGAGACAUAGAUCACAUAGCGUUAGCUGUUGAAGCUGAUUGCAAUUCUGCAGUUAAGGAAAAUAAUAAAAGAGUCUCUAAACUACAACAAAAGUUGCAAGAUGUAACGACACAAAUACACGUAUUGGAAGGUGAAUUAACCGUCGAGCGUAGAGAAGUACAAGAACUGAGAGCAGAUCUCGAAGCUUGUAAAUUAGAGAAACGUAAUAUUCAACGUAAUUUGGAAUCUGCAUUGGAUGAAAAAAAACAGAUGACAGAUAGAAUAAACAAGCUAACUGUAAUUGAAAAGAAUUUAAAUGACGAGAUAGAAAGAUUGGCCAAAGAGAAUGAGAAACAAAGACAAGAUGUUAUUCAGUUACAAUAUAGCAAUCAACUGUUAAAGGAACAGAUACAUACAAAGGAAUACUUAACAAAACACAAUGGCGUAGACAUUGGAGAAGUAUAUAAAGAGAGAGUUCUCCAAAAUGUGAAUGGUAUCGAGUAUGAAAGUAUACUAAAACAAUUGGACAAGAAAGAAAGUCAAAUACAUAGUUUGGAACAAACAGUCGAACAGACGAGGAGAGAACGUGAUUUUUAUAAAGACGAGUGCAACAACACCAAAGAUUACCAUAACGAAGCAAUUAAAAAGGAUAACGAUGAUUUAUGGAGACGAAUUCGAGAAUUAAAACAUCACCUAAGCGAAAAGGAAAAUGCAUUGGACGAAUUACAACGCGAGAAGAAGGAAUUAAUUCGUGAGAAAAGCAAUUUAGAAACGCGUCUAGAAAAUUACAAAACUGAGGAAAAAAUAUCCCAUCGAGCGUGCAAUGCGUGUAAACACGGUACUUUGUGCAAGUGUUCUCUAUCAAAUAUGAGGGACGCUAGCAAAAUGAAGGGUACCAUUGAACAUUUAGAGCACGAACGAGACAUAGCACGAGCCGAUGUUGAACGUUUAAUAGAGGAACGUGACGCGUUACGUGAAAGAUUGAAGAUGGCUGCAGAAGCGCAUACGUCCGAGCAGCGACGUCUUAGAGAAAAUUUGACCGAAGUAGAAGCCCGCGUAAAGCAGAUAGAGAAAGAACGUCAGGAACUUUUACUUAAACAAGGAGCACGAAAAGCAACGAUAAAUGGUUUGGAGGAUCAGCUACAAGACCUGCGAGAAGAAUUAAAACGGACCAAGCAAGAAUUGGGAACGCAACGCACCCAGUAUUUUCAACUUCGAGCGCUUCAAGAUCAAACUGAUCAGGCAUUGGGAGAUGCACAGAAUCAAUUAACGCAAUCGGAGUCUGAAUUGAAUAAGGCGUUGGAUCGCAAUAGAACAAUGGAGCGACUGCAGUUGCAGCUAGAAAAUCAAGUGAGAGAAUUCCAGGAAGAAAUUAACAACUACAAAGCAAAUAUGACGCAUUUGGAUCACGAAAAGGAUCAAUUGUUGAUGGUAUUGGAUGAGAAGACGGAGAAAAUAGCUGGCUUGGAGAGAGAAAUAAUGGCGAAGGAUCAAGAAUUGAUGGGAAGCGAGCAACAAAUUCACGAACUGCAACACAAAAACGAAAUAUGCGUCGACCAGAGCGCCGAGCAGGGAAGACAGCUGAGGUCGAUGCAACUGGAAAUUGAGAAUCUCGAACGACAAUUACGAUCGGCUACCUACGACAGAGAGAACGCCAUUCAGGAAAAUAGGAGAGUUCAAGAUGACUUGGCCGCGGUUACCUGCCAAGUGAGAACCAUGCAGCGCGAAUUGGAUGCAGCUCGCGCCGAGUCGUACGAUCUCAAGAGACAACUGCAAACGUAUGUCAGCGAGGUGCGGCGAGCAGAGGAACUCCUCAACAGAAAGGAAAACGAAAGGUCAGAGAUGCUGAAUCACUUCAGAAGUCUAAGUUUGGAGGCAACGGUUUUGGAGAACAACAAUCACAGUUUGGAGUCCGAAGCAGCAGAGGCCAGAGGAGCCCUACAAAUCGCCAAGGAUCAGUUGUUAGAUAUGGAACGGCAACUGGCGGAUAAAGAUGGUUUGAUAAGAGGCUACGAAACACAGAUCAGCGAGUUGACUCAAAAUAUUGCCAGCAUGGAAACACAGUUACGCCAGCAAGAGGAACAAAGGCACAGAGCAGAAGCUGAUUUAAAUGCCGUUAGAGAUCUCUGUGUAAAGCUGGAUCAACAGAAGGAAACGCUUGUGCAGCAGCUCGACGAUAAGGAUGCGCUAAAAACACAGUAUGACAUGCAGAUAGCCAAAUUGAAAGCAGACCAGACUAUAAUUCAGGAACAAAUGAACAGAGAUCGCGCGACAGUGGAGCGCCUCGAAAUGCUUUUGGAUCAAGCGAGGCAAGAGUCUAUAACCGUACAGGCUAACAAUCAGGAACUCCAAAAUGAGAUGUCCAGAUUGAGACAAAAAAUGUCUGACCUGCAAAAUAAAUUAUCCUCCGAAUCGGCGAAAUUGCGCCAAUAUCAAACUCAAGCGGCUGAAUAUUGCAAACAAAUUAGCGAGCUUCGUAGGCAAGUAACGAACGAGAGAUUCGAUCGGGCGAGAAAGGACGAAGAGAGUCGCAGACACCUAGAAGGCACUGCUGAUCCAAUCCUACAAAACACACCUCCACCUUCUAAUAACCGUACUCCCCAUGGAUCCAAUGAUGCCACGCACAGGUAAUCAAAUGUUUAAUAUCGUAACAGUUCUAAAUGCAGAGGUGGAUUUAAACAAGUAUCAAUUAUUAGUACUAGUUUCAUUCGGAAAUCAAAUAUUUAUUUUCCGCCUCUGCGAUAGCGCAUCCGUCUCGUCUCUCAUCAUUUAUGAAAGAAAUUAAACCUACCAGGCAAGUAGACUGGUUGAAGAAACCUUACACCGCGAUU